UGCAUCUGCAUUCCUUAAUUUCCUUUAGAAGCUCAAGCCGUCAAACAAGUCGCGGCGUAGUGCUAUAUUCUGAACUUAUUUCCAUUUUUCAAUUUAUAAGUAGUGAUAUUAUUUACAGAUAACAAUUACAAUGACCCAUCUCCACCGAUCUCAAUUAAACCUGUUGAAAGUAUCAUUUGCUUCAGCGUAGUUUGCUCAGAACUCACAGGCAAAAUUUCCAAUUGGUCUUCCUUCAUGCCGUACGCAGUAAGCAACUCACCUGUCAUGGAAUCUCCGAAACCAGAUAUCAGUGUCAUCGAUGUCUAUGACUUAGCCUCAGAGAUUGGUAGCGAGUUCGAGAAAAUAAUUGAUGUUUUUGGUGUGGAUGCUGUCACUAGCCUCAUGCGGAAAGUCAUCAAUGCACUUGAAUUGCUCGAAGGUAUGGCAGCUAAGAGCGAUCAAGAAAACCUCACCAUUCAAGACUUGCAAGCAAGAAUAAACAAGCUCGAGCGUGAGAAAGAAGAAAAAAGAAGAUUUGAAAAGGAAGUAGAGCAAGUUGAAGACAUGUGGCGCGCCGAAGUCGACCAGUAUCAAGCUAUGGUGCAAAAACUACAAGAAGAUAAUAUGAGGCUAACACGCCUCCUAGCUUUGUCUGAAGAUGAGUCUCUAGCUGCUAGAACGCAAUCUGUCGCAACGGAAGUUGAUGUAGCAACUGUUCAAGAAUUAAAUAGUACUAUUGAGCAACUUAAACGACAGUUAAGGACCAAAGAUCGCGAGUUAGCAUCCAAAAGUACAGACAUAGAAAAUUUGUCUAAUCAAGUGGAGAGGUUUACAUCCCUCAAGAAAGAAUUCAGGAGGAAGCAGAAUAUUAGCCAAACGCAAAUGAGAGCGCUAGCGGAAGAAAGAGCAGAUCUUCUUGUUCAGCUGCAAGACAAGAGAAAGGAAGUGAAAGUCCUCUGCCACAGACUGGGAAUUGCUCAAAAAGAAAAUGAAGAUCUUGCCAAUAGUUCAAUGGAUUCUCCUGACUUGAGGAAUAAAGUAGUGUUCGAUGUUCAUGACCCUGAUCGACCAAGGUUCACUGCGACUGAGCUGAAAGAUAUCAUCCAAGAGAGAAAUGAGCUGAAAGUGAAGAAUAGCAACCUAGAAGAGGAACUAGAAGCAUUCAAGCCAAAGCCAACAGUCAAAGUAGAAUCCCAGGCAGGACUGUUUGAUGUCGAGCACUCCGAAGAGGCCAAAGAAGGAGGGCGAUCAUCAAGAUAUCUCUACCAGCCUAGCGUCAGUGGAUUCUUCCCCAUCCAGCCCUCCCAAGCAGCCCAAGAACAUCCGGUCUAUUCUGAACAUCAGACGAUAUCUUCCUUAUUUCCCGGCCCCCACAAAUUAGUCUCUUCAAGUUACAGUCCGGAAGAUGAGGAUCCUCCUGUUCAAGGGCCCUUACCCUGUGAACCUGAUGACGCCCCGUGGAAAAAAUCGGAGACAGGAAUUCGAAAGUUUUUUCGGAAGCUUUUUAGCGAGACAAAUAAAAUGUCGUUUCUCGGAGAUAGUCCCAAGCGCAGUUUAUCUUCCUUGUCAAAAAUUUCUGGCACCAGUGGUUAUACAUCAGGUGUUGAAAGCCUUCCAUAAUUCCUCUCUCUCAGCACCGAUUUUACUGGUCUUUUAUUUAAUUGACAGUUGUGGCAACACCGACAUUUUUGUAACAAAUCUAGAGGCCAAAUAGUCAGUGCAAAUCUCUUACUUCUAUUCUUUACCUGUAAUGUAUUUUUAACUUUUUUCACUUUUAAAAUUAAAAUUUUAGAGUAUGAGGCAUUUUAAAUCAAUUCAAUUGUUGCUAUUUGUUCGAUAUUUUUAUACUAGCACUUGGUAUUUCAGUGUUUUUUUUUUAAUUUAUUUUCUUUUUACUUUAUUUUUAAAACUAGGCUGUUGAAUUUUAUGUUUUAUCGGGUUUGGGUUUUUACAUUUUUGGACAGGGAACGAAUUAUAAGGAUUAAGAACUUUUCAGGACAUAAGGGCUAUUAUUAGGUAGUAAUUAAGAAUUCGAUCAUCGUGAAAUUACUUUAUUUGGAACAGCCUUCCUUGGGUUCAAAAGCGAUCAAAAUAUUAUCUCUAGUCAAUUGGAACUGUAGAUCAUAUCACAAUUCAAUUUUUUAUAUGUUUCACUAAAUAUAUCACUGUAUCGAUGCAAACCACUGUAUCGAUGCAAGUAUUAAGCUUUUAGUCUCGUUAUAGGAACAAAUACUUUUGGUUCAGACUGUUUCCAAACAAUGCAGAAAGAGGAGGCAAAUGUUUAGUCUAAGAUUGUAAAUAAUUUGUAUGAGAGUUACACCCCCCUCCCCUCCCCCCCCCCCCCCCAGCCAUUCGCCAGGAACAGUGGAGGUACAUAAAUGCCUCAUGCUUUUUAGUUGUCUAGACAGCCUCAAGGAUUUGAGGUUUAAACAAUCAGUAUUACUGCAAGUGCAGAAUUUUUCUGACCCUAUGACCUUAAGUUUAAAUCCUAGUAAGAGCCAAAGGCCUUUACUUAUUUCCUUUUUGGACUAUUUCCGUCAAAUUUUUCUUGGGGUCUGUUGACAGAUGAAAUAGCUUCCUCCAAAAACUCCUUGUCAUCUUUGAUAAGAAAAAAAAAUGUAAAAAUUAAGAUACCUCAAGAAUAGUGCAAUUGUCAUGAAACAAAUUCACACCAAAAUAAUUAAAAAUUCUGCAUAACGUAACAGGGAAAGAAAGGAAAUAAUUAAAAAUUGAACGGAAAGAACAAACCUUUUGAUUUGGCCAUAGGGGCUAUAUGUCAAAAAUUCUGCACUCCUUAAAUGACUUCAGGCAGCAACUUAUAACUUAACAAGGUCAUUAAGCAACAUUGUAAACAAUAUUACCAAUUAAUUUUGUACAAAAUGUAUACCUUUAAAUCUUUUGGAGCGUCAAUUUUGAUUGUCAAAAAGUCAAAAUUUGAUCAUAUGUCACUCAGAAAUAACCCUGGAAGUAUUGCUCUUGAAGGAUGUGCCAUUUUCUGGUAUAUUUUGAAAAUGUUCUCCUUAUUUCUCCUUGUUUUCCUGUUUCAUUAGGUCUAUUAGGAUGUAUGUGAAGUUAGACACCCUUAUAUUGAUCCUACGGCUCCUUGCUAGUGUCCUCUUUUUUUCCAGGAGUUUGGCUUUUUUGUGUGUUUAAUAUAGUCCAAAGGAUGUCUCAUAUUGUGCUUUUUACAAAGCUCCUGAGGAACAUGUAUAAACUAGAAGAUCGCAUAUUAGAUCGAGGGAAUGAAUCAGGGGGUUCUUGGUGCUGUUUGCUUUGCAGCAUUGUGCAUUGUGUGUAAAUGAGUCUAGUUUAACCCUCUUUUUAUCAAACCCAAAACGGGGCUUUCAAAGGCAUGUAGGCAUGCAAGUUUCAGAAAUUGUCAAAAAAUAUCGUUGAACAGUUUUUUAGCUAACAAAAAUAUUAUUCAACCCCAUAAAUAUUGUUGCAGAAAUUACUGGAAAGAAGAGUAAAACGUAUGAUAAUAUAUUUUAAAUUUGAAUAAUUUCGACUACCAUGGAAAGGGCAAGAUUUCACUUUUACAGGCUAAAGAAACUACAUAUGACAUGCUACAUUUUUACUAAUUUUCAAGAUGUUUGUGCCUUCAUGACCUUAGAAGAUUUGUUCUGAGUUCAAUGAAACGACAAACAAAUUGUAGUCAUUUUGCUGUGCGGAGGGUUUCAAAGUUAAUGGUGCCUUGAUCGACCCUUUAUUUCACUCCCCUGAUUCAGUGAGCAAACUUCUAAUUUAAAUGGUUCUUAGAUGCUUCGUAUAGUGUGAAACAUAUGACUUCAACCUGUUGACCGUUUUUUAUACACAAACUGGGUUUGUUUUUGCCCAAUUCAGAAAAUGUAAUUUUCCCAGAAAAGAGAUGGCGUCAAUAAGGAAUUGUAGGAUCAAGGUAGGAGCUUCAAACUUUAAGAAUAACCAGAAGGGCAUUAAUGCAACGGGAAAAACAUGGGCAAGCAAUAGGUUUAGAAUGUGGCCAAAAAGUGGCACAUCCUACGAUUUAGUGCAUAUCAACCCAACUUAGCUUUUGACCUAUAGUAUUUUUUUGGUUGUUCUUUCAGAGUUUCUUCCAACUAUCACAUGAUCAAACCUCAUGCGUUUAUUUAAUCUAACGCAUCAAAAAAUAAUCUAAGCUAGAGGGUUUUUUUUAAAAUUAAUGAUACUGAAAAUUUGUCAUCCAAUCUUAAGCUCAAGUAAAGAUAGAAAUAAGUAUAACGGUCAUGCUUUUAAUCCUCAUUUUCUUUAUUAGUCUAUAAACGAAUGAGUCUUAAGUAGGUAUUGCUUUCCAAAAGCAUAAUAUACUCUAUCUCAAGAUAAAAUAUUGUAUAGACCUCAUAGCAAACAAAGAAUCUCAAAAUAUAGAGCCCUAAUUUUGUCUUUUCAAAAGGGACUAAAAGUUGUUUCAUAAUCUCUUACUUUUCGUUCAUUUGUCUCUGAGAGAAAAGCUGGAGCUUUCUCAAAAUUUAACUCAGUACCCAAGAUAAAAAGAAAAAAUAAAGCGGAGCUACGACGUUCCUACUAAGCCUAGCAAAACUAUGUGGCACUAAAAUUUUAAGGGUUCUAUUCUAGCCUCAAUUCAUUGGUAAAAAUGUUCAUGGUUGGCUCUUCAAUUACUUGUCUCCCAAAUUGCUCUCAACUCAAUGGUAAAUAACGUCAUGACUUGUGCUUAAACUGGAUAAUAAAUUUGGUUUAAGAGGCAAAGAAUUAUCGAAAUUCUUUUGAAUUAUACUCAUAUUUUCUUUCUCUGAUCCGGAGCAUAUUCUAGCAGACUGAAUGUAAAUUUCGCAUUUGGCCUUCCUACCACUUUUUUAGCAACCACAUGAAUUGGUCAUUAGAUGUGACAUAAUGAUGUCACAUCUAAUGAUCAAUUCAUGUGGUCCUGUUUUUGUGACUUUGUUAUUAAUUAUUAAUCAUUUUUAUUCAUUUGUAUUCAUAAAUUUUAUACUGUAGUGAUUUUAAAGAAAACGCAAAUGUGUAUGUUUGGAUGGUGAUUUCAAGUUUUGAUAUAUAUUUUUCUCGUGAAUUUUACAUGGAUUAAAGUGUUUUAGUGUCGUAGAUUACAAACCUAAGAAUGAAGUCAGAACUAAAACUGUAGCCUCCUCUUACGCAGACUCCUCAAAAAAUUUCUCAUUCCCUUGUUCAUAAUUUCACUUGAAAAAUUACGGUAUGCAAGUUUCUUAUUCAAUUUGUCAUUGUUAAAUUUCAUUUGAAGAAAUAAAAAAAUGAUUUCAAAACAAUAGGUGAGAAUCACAAUCCAAUAGUUCCGUUUGGUGAUAAAAUUAGCACGUGGUAGGAGAAAAACUCUACCGGACUGUCACAAUUCCCUGUUAUUUGUAUGGUGUAGGUCGCGUUUGAAAAUGCCAAUGAAGAGUAAAAUAUUCUUUGAUUAAUCCGUAGGAUGUAGCUAAAAAAGCAAGGUGGAUCUUUAUCCGCUAAAGGAGUUUAAUUGAUGUAACAGAGUCUCAGCUACUUGCAGUUGACCAAAGAUAUUUUUCUAACCUGCUAGAAGCAUUACCUUGACAAAAAAAAUUGGGGAAGAUGGGUUGUUGGAUCAGGACUGUGCCGAGAAAUGUUAUUUUCUCUUCAACAGGGUCAAAGUCAUUUAUUGUAUUAUAUUUUCUUCAAAAGUGAGUCUCUCCAAUUAAGUUUUUUAGUAUUAUUCGCAAUUGUCAGUCAACUGUUGUACUUCUUGUCCCAAUCAAUGCAUAUAAUCAAGACUGCUGUAUUUUGUGAAAAGUCCAAAUAUGUGGAAAUAUUUUCUUUCUCAAAUAAGAUCCUCUUUCCACUAAGAAACAAAAAGAAAAGAAAAAAAAAGAAACAGUGAUGACCCUCAUCACAAAGCUGUCAAAUUUUACUUGUGUCAUUUACUUUUGAAAAUUAAUGUAAGUUUUACUAAAGUGCCAUUUUCAUUCAUUUUAUCAGAGCUCAAAAUAUGCAAACAGCUGUGCUUGCAAUUGAUUUAUUGCUUCCAUUCUUAUUUUGUUUUUGCUCACCAAGUGAGGCUUAUCACUAAAUUCUUACUAUGUGCCCUGACAAAGUUUUAUUUAUUUUAAGGCUGUGCUUCAUUGAACUACUGAGGUUCUCGUGGUGUUAUUUUUCUUUUUUAUUUUAUAUGUGUUUUUUUCCCUUUAAAUUUUUAGAAAAGUGCUCGCAUUGUAAAAUUCACCUUGUGGAGUGUCAUCUUUGCCCUACUUCUCUCUCCUUUAUUUCCUGAAUAUAUUUCUCUAAAUGCUUUUGAAAAGUUUGAAGUUUUUUUCCUUACCUACUACCAAGAGAAUAAUUUGUUCUGGAGUGCUCUGUCAAUUACAGCUGCAGCCCAUUCCAUGGCUUAAAAUGUAAACUGAAGUUGGUAUCCAAUUUUUUAAAAAUGUAGUACUGUGCGAUUUUUUUUCUUUCUCUGGUACCAUGGUACAAUUUUACUGUAUUUAACAGAAAGGAACCGGCUCAAUCAGAGUGUUAUAUAAUUGUGCAUCUUCAUCUUGAUCUAAAAAAAUGCCUAUAUUAGCAAAUGGUUCUUGUUUUUUCACCGUAAAAUUUUAAGUUGUACAGGAAAACGGUCGUGUAAAUUUUAUUAAUGUACAUAUAUGUAUUACUUUUUAAAGGAAAGAUGAAGCACGAUUUUUAAAACACUGUAAUUGCGUAAGCCGUAAGGUGCCUCAGUAAUUAAUAAGUAUUCAAUAUAACACCUUGGUUCUCAUUCAAAUUUACAAACUGUAAUUGCGUUGGUUUCCUGCUGCUAAAUGAGAUUCAACUUUUGAAAGCUUAAGUAGGUCCUUACUCUAAAAAACCGUUAACUUAUUUGAAGUAUGCCUAUCUUUUCCCAGUUUUCUUUUCCAAACACUGUUUUUUUUUUUUUUUUUUUUUUAUGAUGUAACAGGCAAAAAAUGAAUUAUGUAGUUUUUUCUGAUAAGGAUCUCCAAAAGAAUGUGUGUAAAUACUAGUUCCCUCACCAAGAUCAAAUGAUUUAUUUAAAAAGGCUCCUCGUAUCUGUUUCCCCUAGUAACUGUAGACCCACACCAGAGUUUGAUUUUUAAAUGAAAAAUGUUUGAAAACUUGUAAUUUAUUACAGUUUUUAUUUUUUCUUAAAUUAUUAUUAUUAAUAGAACAGUUUCUAGAAUGUAGAUUUUAUUGGAUGAACUGGUUCUUAUAAUUAUGCUAAAUCCUCUCUAGGAAGUAGGUGAACUGAACAGUUCACAAUUAUUUUUAGCUACAUCUCUUAAUAGUUUGGAUAGAGGGCACUCUAACCUAUUCUAGCAUAUCCAUCUCAACAUUUUUUAAUAUUUUGUUUAGAUUUUGCUAGUCUGUGUCUUAUUUUGGCAUGUUUUUAUUCGGAUGGAUGCAGUUAAGAAAAAAGCUGCUAAUACUGCUGAUUAUUAUAAACUCUGUCUAAUCUUGUUUUUGAAGUUGCAUCCCGGCAAAGAGAUAAUCUGAUUGUGAGUUGGUGAAGAAAAUUGAUAUAAUGGAACACAAUUUAUGAAAUAUUUUGUUCAGUAAUUUGAGUAAACCUUAUUUUUCAUCAAAAAUAGGUUUUUUCUUCGACAUCUAGAUCACUUACUUGAUGAAUUUUAAAAAACCAUAGACUUAGUAAAACAGUAUGAGGAAUGCCUAAUUUCCUAAUAUUUACGCUGAUGCUGGAACUGCAUAUUUGCUUAGGCUUUGUCUCCAUGGGACGUUUCAUGGCAUUUGUCCCAGGGAAAAAUCUCACUUACGAAGUCGAGAAAAAUAUUGAGUCAGUCCGUACUUAUCACAGUGCCAACUAAGAGUCAUUGUGGAGUCUCAGGAACGACUUAAAAGAAGAAAAAAUUUUGUUGUGUUGUUUAACGGGGAAAAAGCCCAGAAGUUUCAUCCCUGCGAUUCGAACUUGAGAAAAAUCCUGUGAAACGUCCCUUGGAGACAAGGCGUAAGAGACAGCCAAUGUUCACGAUUACUUAAUUGAACUUUAGGGAGUUUCGGUGUUGGUACAGUGAGAUCUCUGUUUCCCCAAUUGUUCAUUUCUUUUUUAAAUCUUAGUUUUGAUAAACUCGAGCCAUGCAGCUAAGGCCUUGUCUCCACAGGACGUUUCAUGGGAUUUGUCCGACGGAAAAAUCUCAUUUGCGAAGUUGAGAAAAAUAUUGAGUUAAUCAAUACCAAUCACAGUGCCAAGUAAGAGUUGUUGUGUUGUUUGACGGGAAAAAAGCCCGGAAGUUUCAUUUCUGCGAUUCCAACUUGGGAAAAAUUCUGUGAAACGUCUUGUGGAGACAAGGCAUAUUUUCAGACAUGGCAAUUUCAGAUGAAUUUAUUUUGAACAUUGAUGGUUUUACAUCUGAAUUCCUGGUCUCAAUUUUCGACUUGAAGGAAUGAAUAAGUCGGGCAAAAUUUUCACCAUUAAUAAAUGAAUGGGAUUUUUGUCUCUCAGUUCACCUCUAAUGAUUGAGGGUGGCAGUGAUAUUAUUAGAGAUGUUUUUCCUGUCAAGUCCAUCACAAUUUUCUUUAUCAUGAUUGAAGAGUCGACAUCCUGAUGAGCAAAUUUUCUACUGCUGACUAUAAAACCUCUUAAAUUGUCAUAUACUCUUGACUAGCAGGAAUAGAUUCAUUUCCAAAAUAACCACCUCUAAUCAUUCUUUUCCCCAAAUACCACAAACUUUUUGCUCUUGCUCGAAUAAACCUGACCAAUUAUCAUUUAUAAUGUAUCGUUUUUUAUCAAGGUUUAGUAAUCUGUACAAACCAUCCUAACUGAAAAGAAUAAAUGAAAAGAACAUCCUGUUAA